AUGUGGACCUCGGGCAACCGCACCUACGCCAUACGCAUAUCUGACACUGGGGUCCCGCAGCUAUACGAGGAAGAAAGCAGGAUGUCUUCGCUGUCGCGUCGUGCGUGCUACAAGUGUGGCAAUGUCGGCCACUACGCCGAGGUCUGCUCAUCGUCUGAGCGCCUUUGCUACAACUGCAAGCAGCCCGGCCACGAGAGCAACGGCUGCCCUCACCCGCGCACCACCGAGACGAAGCAGUGCUACCACUGCCAGGGCCUCGGCCACGUUCAGGCUGACUGCCCCACUCUGCGCCUGAGCGGCGCUGGCACCAGCGGCCGCUGCUACUCCUGCGGACAGCCCGGACACCUUGCGCGCUCCUGCCCCAACCCCGCCGGCGGCGUUGGCCGCGGCGCUGGCAUCCCUCGCGGUGGCUACGGUGGCUUCCGCGGCGGUUUCGCUGGCGGCCCGCGCCCGGCUACUUGCUACAAGUGCGGCGGCCCCAACCACUUUGCCCGCGACUGCCAGGCUCAGGCCAUGAAGUGCUACGCCUGCGGAAAGCUCGGCCACAUCUCGCGCGACUGCACCGCUCCCAACGGUGGCCCUCUGAACACUGCUGGCAAGACCUGCUACCGCUGCGGCGAGGCCGGCCACAUCUCCCGCGAGUGCCCCCAGGCUGAGAUCAACGGCGACGGCCUCCCCGCUGCCCAGCAGGCUCCCGUCCAGCCUCCGGCGCCCACCACUGCCGUUGCCUAA